AUGACAAACGAUCCAUCAACAUUAAAAUUUGGUUAUACAGAUCCAUUUUCAUUUGGAUUUAGUCAACAUUCAACAUUAUCAUAUAAUGGUUCAUCACAAAGAAAACAAAGACGUGAACGUACAACAUUUUCUCGUGCACAACUUGAUCAACUUGAAACAUUAUUUGCUCGAACACGUUAUCCAGAUAUAUUUAUGAGAGAAGAAGUAGCUAUGAAAAUAAGUUUACCAGAAUCAAGAAUACAAGUUUGGUUUAAAAAUCGUCGUGCAAAAUGUCGUCAACAAGAUAAAGCAAUUAAAAAACCAUCAUCAUCAUCAUCAUCAAAUAGUAGUUUACAUGAAAAAAAUGAAACAUCAUCUCCUUGUAAACGUGAAAUAAAAAGUCCAAAUAUUCGUCUUAAUCAUCGUUCACCAUCAUUAAUAUCAAGUACAAAUGUUGGAACAAGUUCAGAUAAUUCAACAGCAUCAGCAGCUGCAUCUUUAGCUGCAUGGUCAUCACAAGCUGUUGCUUAUCAUCAUAUGUAUCCAACAUCAUAUAGUCCAAAUCAAGCACUUUUUUAUACGAAUGAUCCAACAACAAAUAAUUCAACAAUAUAUGGAACGAGUUAUAAAAAUCCAGAUAUGGAUUUUCUUCAACCAACAUCAAUGUAUGGACGAACAAGUGAAGAAUUUAUGAACGGUUGGACAAAUGCACAUCAUCAUCAUCAUCAAAACUUUAAAAUUUUCAAUUAA